UUCAGUACCUUCUUGGAGAAGCAGACACACAGCCAUCUAUAAAUCGAACUCGAUCGUGUUGGCGCAAUUUCUCACUCUCUCUCGUGAAUGGAACCGAAUUCCAGUCCUCAGCUUAACCCAUUAAACGUAAAUCCUUUCAAAACACAAUUAUGCCUUCAAUUUCUCGUCCUCUUCACCAUCUCCUUCCUUGUAACAUUCGCCAACUCUUAUAUUUCAAACCCACCAAUCCAAUACUCCAAAUAUUGUAGUCACAUCGUACCGGAAUCUCCCCUCGACCCCACAAACUCGUUGUCGCUUUCCUCCUACGCUUCUUCUCUCCAAUUGUCCACUGCUUUUUUCUCCGGCGGUGACCCUUAUUUCAAUUCUAGUCAGCACGACUGGCCCAAUUCCGUCGCUUUUCGUCCCCUUUCUCGCCGCAUAACCGUUAACAAUACUGUCUUCAGUGUUAGAGCUCGAUUGAGUCUCGUGGUUCCUACAAAAUAUGACCCUAAUUUGGUGGGGUUCCGGAACUUGCGGCAGAUUAAUUAUCGAGGACCGAAUAAUCCGGUGCGGAGAGGUGUAGCUGUCUUCCGUUUAAGUGGAUUCUGGUCGGAAGCUGAUGGGAGGCUCUGCAUGGUUGGAUCGGGGUCGAGUCGAUUGAAUUCCGGUAAGUUAGAGAGGUUUAAUGUUGUUCUGAAGCUUAAUUAUUCGAAACAUUUGAAUUUGAGUGUUUUUGAUAGUUUGGUGAGUGGGGUUUUGGAGAGUGCGGAUGUUGAGAGUAGUGGGAGUUAUUUUAGGCCGGUUUCAAUAUUGGGUGUGGCUCAGUUUAAUGAUAGAAAUUACGAGUUUAAAUUGAUAGAUAAAGAGAAGGGUGAUGAGUUUGUUGAUGGAAAUGAUGAAGAGAAGAGUUUAUCUCUUCAUGUUUUGGAUAAAGGUGUAUGUUCAAUGCUAGGCUUGUAUAAUUUUAACUUUGACUUGGAAUACAGUCGUGAUUGUGAUAGUGAUAAAGUUAGUUGCAAUCCUCUUAAAGGGAUUGUUGGCCAUGCACCAAGUGUGAUGCUUUUUAAAGGCAUUAGGUGUGUGGAUAACCGGAAAAUGCAGAUAUUAUUGGGCUUUUGGAACUCUACUUUUAUGGGUGCAAGGUUUCCUUUUGAUCCUCGCACCACAAUGAUUGCUGAGGCGUCAUGGGAUGAGAAGAGGAACCAGCUCCAUGGUGUUGUGUGUCGAAUUUUGAAUUUCACAGAAUCUUUGACAAAUGCACACAUUGGAGAUUGCUUGGUUAAGUUGAGUUUGAGAUUUCCCGCAGUUUUUUCCUUAAGUAAUCAAAGUUUCAUUCUUGGUCAAAUUUGGAGCAGCAAAAGGGAGAAUGAUCCAGGAUACUUUGGUAAAAUAGGAUUUGGAAGUCAUCAGGAAGUAUUAACAGGUCUUCCAGGUUACAAAUACCAAUAUACAAUGGUUGAUAUUGCAAAGAAAGCAUGUGCAAAUAAGCAUGGAUUCGAGCACAAGGGAAAAACAUACCCCAAUGGGCAGUCUAUAGACAUGAGGUUUGAUAUGUCAGUAAGGAAUAUCGAAGGACAAACAGCUCAUGGUUUUUCUUCUCCGCUUUUUGUAGGUGAUGAGCUAUAUGAACACUGGUUACCUCAACACCUACAUUUGCCAUCACCACUAAAGCAUGCUGCAUCUGUUUUACAGCCAAGUAACCAGAGCAACAUACUGAACAUCAGCUACAAGAUGAGCUUUGCUCCUGCAUUUCAUUUCAAGUUAGGCAAUGAUGAGAUAUCUGAAAAAGUUGAACUUUCAGCUGAAGGAGUUUAUUAUAGGGAUACAGGUGUCUUAUGUAUGAUUGGAUGUCGGAAAUUGGGAUCAAGUCAUAGUCAAGAGAAAAUGGCAAAAAAUGAUUCGCUGGACUGCAAGAUUGCAGUUAAUGUCCAAUUUUGUGCACUGGAUGCAGAGGGCAGUGAGAGUGUCAGGGGGACAAUUGUUAGCACGCGGGAGAAGUCAGACCCUCUUUAUUUUGGACGUCUUCAGUUGUCUUCAAAAUCAAUUUACACUAGCCAAGCUAAAGAAUCCAUUUGGAGAAUGGAUUUAGAGAUCACUAUGGUUCUGAUUUCUAAUACACUUGCAUGUGUCUUUGUGGCCUUGCAGCUGUUUUAUGUGAAGAAGCAUCCUGAAGUGCUUCCUGUCAUAUCUAUUGUGAUGCUCAUCAUUCUUACCCUUAGUUACAUGGUUCCCUUACUGUUGAACUUUGAGGCCUUAUUCAAGACAAACCGUAGCCAGCAGAAUGUUUUUCUUGAAAGUGGUGGGUGGCUUGAAACAAAUGAAAUAAUUGUGAGGAUGGUAACAAUGGUGGCUUUCCUUUUGCAGUUUCGUCUUCUCCAACUCACAUGGUCUACAAAGCAAGGCGAUGGAAGCCAAAAGGACUUGUGGAUUUCUGAAAAAAGGGUUUUGUAUGUAUCUUUACCAUUGUAUAUUGCUGGGGGCUUGAUUGCUUGGGUUGUGUAUCAAUCAAGGAAUACUUACCGUCGCCCAUUCAUAAUAAAUCGCCAUACUAGAUCUAACCUGUGGCCCUCGUACCAGCAGCAUUCUCUCUGGGGUGAUCUUAAAUCUUACGUUGGCUUGGUACUUGAUGGCUUUUUGCUCCCACAGAUAUUGUUCAAUCUGUUCUUUGACUCAACCGAGAAGGCUCUUGCUGCUUCCUUUUACAUUGGAACCACUGUCGUCCGUCUGCUGCCGCAUGCAUAUGAUUUGUACCGGGCUCAUAGUUCUGCUUGGUACCUUGAUUUAUCUUACAUAUAUGCAAAUCAUAAAUUGGACUUUUAUUCGACAACCUGGGACAUUAUAAUACCCUGUGGCGGUCUGCUGUUUGCUGCCAUUAUUUUCUUGCAGCAGCAAUUUGGUGGUCGAUGCAUUCUUCCCAAGAGGCUUAGACAGAGUUCUCUGUAUGAGAAAGUACCAGUAGAUAGCAGUGUGGAAUUGCAAGCGGAACAAAUUCGGAAAAACUCUUAUAACUCAUUUGACUUAUAAAGCCCAUUAAAGUAUAUAAAUUAACUGUUCCAAAGAUUUAUGCAAUGUUAUUUUCUCAGUGGCUGAAGCUCUUCCGAUUUGGUAACCAAUUUUGAGGACCGGUGCUGUUCACUUUGUUUCAUUAAAAGGCAUGAUUGGAACUUGUAUGCCAUGAUCAGCUUGAAAUUGAUAUAUUAAUUUCCUCAGUUUGAGCUUGA